AUCUCCUUCUUUCUUACUCCUCACCUCUCCCCUACUUUCCUCUUUUAGUCUUCACUUACCCCAAAAUCCUCUCCUCUCAUUCACACACAAUAUAUAUACACAUACCCCAAAGCCAUUUCCUCUUAACUUACACCAUUCACUCUGUAAAUGUACCUACACAUAACACAUAGAGACCAUUUAUACUACCAAGUUCCUUCCAUUAUCUUCCGAGUAAACAACAACAUACCCACUACCCAUUGUAAUCUCACAGGUUGGGGGGUCUGGGGAUAAAUAUAACUCGUUGAGAGUGGAAUUUCAACCCACGCCCUUUCAGACCAGAACCUUAAUCUGGCAACUUAGACCAUCUCCUUUUUUUCCAUUAACCUUUUUCAAUACUAGAUCUCGAGUUGAGUGUGUUGAAGUUGUUGUGUAUAUAUUUAUACUACAACUCUACAAGUUUCUUCCAUUAUCUUCUAUGAAACAACAACAAACUACCCGACCAGAACCUUAAUCUGACGCUACUCGGUCAUCUUCCAUUAUCUUAUGAGGAAACAACAACAACAACAACAACAACAACAACAUAGGACGUGUAAUUUCACAGGUGGGGUCUGACGAGAAAUAUAAAUUGUUGUUGAGAGCAGGCCCUUACCUUAAUCUGACCCCUAAGACCAACUCGGCCAUCUCAUAGAUCUUUGUUUCAAUGGCGAUUUCCAGAGUGGGUUUUGUAGCAAUAGUUGUGGGGUUAUUUUUACUGGUUGAAUGUGGGGUAGCUGGUAUGUAUUCAUCAAAGUUAGUUCAUAGAUACUCUGAUGAAGUGAGAAGAAAACUUAAGGUUUCAAGGAAUGGGCCACAACAUAGGAGUUUGGAGUAUUAUGGAAGGUUGAUGAGUAGUGAUUUGCAGAGGCAAAAAAUCAAAGCUGGUCCUCAGUUUCAGCUUCUUUUUCCUUUUGAGGGUAGCAAAACCAUGCCCUUGGGGAAUGAUUUUGGAUGGUUACAUUACAUGUGGGUUGAUAUAGGAACACCAAAUGUUUCUUUUCUCGUUGCACUGGAUGCUGGAAGUGACUUGCUUUGGGUUCCAUGUGAAUGUGUACAAUGUGCUCCUCUUUCAGCCAGUUACUAUAGCAGCCUGGAAAAAGAUCUAAACGAGUACAAUCCAUCUGGCUCAAGCACAAGUCAGUUCCUGUCGUGCAGCCAUCAGUUAUGUGAACUGGGUUCAAAUUGCAAAAACCCUAAGGAGCCUUGCCCGUACACUGUGAAUUAUGUAUCGGAGGAUACAUCCACAUCCGGAGUGCUCAUGGAAGAUAUCCUGCACCUUGCAUCAGGCAGCCGUAUGACAGCCAACAGCUCUGCCAGGGCUCCAAUCACUUUCGGAUGUGGUAGUAAGCAAACUGGUGGUUACCUAAAUGGAGUUGCACCUGAUGGCCUUAUGGGCUUGGGACCUGGAGAGAUUUCAGUUCCUAGUCAUCUUGCCAAAGCUGGAUUAGUCCGAAACUCUUUUUCUCUUUGUUUUAAGGAAGAUGAUUCAGGAAGGAUUUUCUUUGGAGACCAAGGGCCUGCUAGCCAGCAGACAACUUCUUUUCUGCCUUCAGAAGGACAAUUUGUUACUUAUGUUGUUGGCGUGGAAUCAUGUUGUCUUGGGAGCUCCUGUAUUGAGCAGACAAACUUCAAAGCCAUUGUGGAUAGUGGGACAUCAUUUACAUUUCUCCCAGAUCAAAUUUAUGAUAGUGUUGUUAAAGAGUUUGACAGAGAAGUGAAUGCUACAAAAGCUAGCUUUGAAGGAUAUCCUUGGCAAUAUUGCUACAAAUCCAGUUCUGAAGGGUUACCGAAGAUCCCUUCAUUUACUCUGAAGUUCAUGACAAACAGCACCUUUAUAAUCCAGGAUCCUGUAUUUGUGAUUUAUGGCAGUGAGGGUGCUGUUGGAUAUUGUUUAGCUGUGGAGCCUUCAGGCAUAGAUACCGGAACGAUUGGACAGAACUUCAUGACGGGAUAUCGCAUGGUGUUUGAUAGAGAAAACCUGAAACUGGGUUGGUCACGCUCUGACUGUGAAGACCUUACUGAUAGUAAUAGACUUCCGUUAGCUCCAGCAAAUGGUAGCUCGCCAAACUCACUGCCAACAGAGCAGCAGAAUACCCCUAACAGCUCCGGAGUUGCCCCUGCUGUUGCCGGAAGGACACCCUCAAAUUCUGCAUCACGAGCUAGUUGCGGGAUGCCAUUCAAGUUAUGCUUGACAAACUUGCUGUUUCAGUUGCUGCUUGUAUCAAGCAACUUCCGACGGUCCUUAUAUACAUUGACCUUAUAAGCCUUUAUAUAUUGGUAUGCCCUAUAGGUUCAUAUUAUAGAUGUGUAGUUUUCCUUGUAAAUCCUGUCUCCCGUCUUUUGGAGCCGUUUUUGUUUUCUUAUUUCCCAUCCCGCGUUUCCCCGCAUUUUUCGGGUUUAUUGUUGUUUUGAUAUUAGCCAUCAGAUAGGAUGGGGCUGCUAAGAUGAAGAAGAGCUUGUUUUAUGCAUCUUCAAACUUUGGAUGUUCAAUUUCUUGUUCCCCUGCUGUUAUACAUACACUAUACUUACUGUUGAA